CAUUCAGCAAAGAAGGAAAGAGAGAAAAACACAGCUGAUUGUGGAAGAAGAAACAGACUUUGACAGCUCUCAAGUAUCAAGUCUGUUUUAAAACAACCAUAUCUUCACCCAUACAGAUAAAGACUUACAUAAUGUGAAAUAAAAGUAGUCAUCAAAAGAAGAAAACAUGAUGGCAGAAGUAGAGAAUGAAAGUGCAGAACCCAGGAAUAAAGAUAAGAUAUCCCUAAAUGAGUCCGGUAUUGGUCAAGACACAAGUAGUGAUCUCAUACACACUCCAGGGAGAGGGUACCUCCCUAAUGAUGAGUCUGGUAUAGGGAGAGAUCUCUGUUGCAACAACAGUUUAUGUGAUGGGAGUGAAGGAUCAAAAAAUUGUUCUAAUGAUUGCGAAAAGUCUAUUUUGGGAGAAAAUGCAUAUGCAGAUAUGACUGAGCACAGUAAAAAUGGUGUCAUAAAAGAAACAGAUGAUAAUAAUAAAUGUACGAUUGUCUGUGAAGAUUCAAACAAUGUUUAUACAAAGCAUGCAAAGUGUGAUAUGAAGCAAAAUGAUGAAACCAACAAUAUGGCCGAUAAGUGUGAGGGUGCAAGCAGUUUUACUGACAAAAGUAUAGGAAUAAAGAAAGAUGACAGUGGCCUAGAUUUGCAUAGAUCCCCAGGGAGAGAUGGUGUAUCAGAUCUUGACGUAAGUGAAUCUCAUAGUGAAAGUGGUGCCAUGUCCACAAAAACAGACUCAGGGGUUGCAUUAAGUUUAAAGUUGUCAGAAAACGAAGACUCUUCCAGAGAAUCAUACAAUGCCAUAGUUGGACAGGGCAUGGACUUGGAUGAUAGUGAACCGACAGAGUCAUGUGAUGUAACAAUGCCAUCAGGUGAUGAUGAUAUUAAAGAGACUGGCAAUGAAAAUUCUAGUGAAAGUGAAGAUGAAGAUGAUGAAGUCAUUGUUAGAACAAAAAAAGUUAAACGCAAGCGGAGAAUGAACAGGGUGGGUUCAAGUAGUGAAAACGAAAGUAGUGACAAUGAAAGUAGUGACAAUGUUGAUUUAGAUUCAAGUGUUCAUAGAAGUGAAGAUGUUAUUGAUUCUGACGAUGAUUCUGAUGUGGAGCAGAAAAAAAGUAGCGAGUCAGAAUCAGAGGAAGAAGUAGCAUUUGAAAAUGAAAAUCUGAAACAAACAUUCAAAGCAAUAAAAGAUCUGCGCAACAGAGAAUAUGGAUAUUCAAAAAAAAUUCCACCAUCAUAUUUCAGAGAGAAAGUUCAGGGUAGUGUAAAUCUAGUGAAGAGAUUUGAAUUACAAUGCAAACUAGAGUAUCAUGAUGGAUGUGUUAACGCACUACAUUUUAACAGAAUUGGUACACUUUUAGCCAGCGGAUCAGAUGACUUGAAUAUAGUUCUUUGGAAUUGGAUACGCCAAAGACCAGCAUUGUAUUAUGACAGUGGACAUAGAAGCAAUGUAUUCCAGGCAAAGUUUAUGCCAUUUAGCGGUGACUGUCAUGUGGUGAGCUGUGCCAGGGAUGGACAGAUAAGAUUGGCCGAACUUUCAUUGACUGGUGUGUGUAAAAAUACAAAAAAGCUAGCUCAACACAAAGGAGCUGCUCAUAAGUUGGCUUUAGAGCAUGAUUCUCCCCAUGUGUUCCUUAGUUGUGGAGAAGAUGCUUUAGUGUAUGGUGUAGACUUAAGAGAAGAAAAGCCAAAUAAACUGGCACUUACCAAAGAAGGAGAUAAAAGAAUACCAUUAUAUUCUAUCCAUUCAAAUCCUGGUAAUUCCUUUGAGUUCUGUGUUGGCGGACGUGAUCAUUUCAUUAGAGUGUAUGAUAAAAGAAAGAUUGAUAAGGAUGAUCCAUCCUCAGGGCUACUGAAAAAGUUUUGUCCUCAUAAAUUGGUUGACAGUGAUGUGAAGGCUAAUGUUACAUGUGCUGUGUAUAAUUAUAAUGGCACAGAAAUAAUUGGAUCUUAUAAUGAUGAAGAUAUCUACAUGUUUAAUAAUUACCAUACUGAUGGUGCAGAAUAUGUAAAACGCUACACUGGACAUAGAAAUAACCACACAGUAAAGGGUGUAAACUUCUACGGACCUAAGAGUGAGUUUAUUGUGAGUGGAAGUGACUGUGGACAUGUAUUCCUGUGGGACAAGGAGACAGAACAGAUCGUACAAUAUUUGACUGGAGAUGACAACGGAGCAAUAAAUGUAUUAGAAGCACACCCAACAUUGCCUGUACUUGCUACCAGUGGAUUGGAUCACGAAGUAAAGAUAUGGUCCCCUAUGGCAGAACAACCUACAGAUCUCAAAGGAAUUAAAAAGGCAACAAAACGGAAUAUGAAGGAAAGAGAAGACGAAAGAAUACAUGAUGUAGAUAUGAUAGAUGGGCAAAUGUUAUGGUAUAUCAUGCAUCACAUGCCUAGGGCAAGAAGACGGAGAGAAAGAGAAGCAGAAGGUGAAAGAGACUCAACCAGCACUGAGAACAGUGAGAACGAUUCUUCUGAUUCAGAUGAUAUUCCCAGAAUUCCUUGUGCACCAUCAUAGUUACCUGGACAUUUCCUGUGCCAUAUAUAAAAUUCACUUUAUCUUAUUUUCUACAAGUUGCAUAUAUUAAAUGGAAAAUGUCAAUAUAUAACUUGGGGCAAAAAUGUACAACAAUGAUUUUUUAGUCUUACAGUUUUGUCCAAUCAGUGUCUCCUAUUUUAAUGAAGCAUUUGGUAAAACGUUAGCUAUACCCGCUGUAAUAAUAAUAUAAACAUUUCAUAUCAAGGCUGCAUUGUAUCCACGUCUAUAAAAUGAUAUAUUAGGCUAAAAGUAAAUUUAUUUUUGAGUAUUUUAUAAUAUAAUAAAAAUACCGGUGUCUCUUUUGUAUAAAGGUAUUCUUGUUAUCUUUAUUCAAAAAUGCAUUCAUUUUCAUAUAUUUUUUAAAUAUAUAAUUAUUUUUUACGAACUCCUGUCGUUGGGUUUGAUAUUUUUGAAAAUAUUGCUACUUAUAGCAGGAUUUAGUUACUGGAUAAAUAACUUCACAUUUGACAUUUGCUUAGGAAAACAGCUUGUAAUAUAAACAGUUAUUGAGGAGAACUUUAUAACGAAUGGAUGACGGUAGAUAUGUAGAUUCCACCACUGUAACAAGUGUGUUACGAUAUUUCUCCACUCGAGACAGUUAGAUUUUGAUAUUUAAAGUGCGAGGCUUGCAGAGCUUUUUAAAUAAUUAAAAUUUAACCGUUAAGCGUGGAGAAAUAUCGUAAUACAUGAGUUAUAGUUGUGGAAUAUGUUUCUCUAAUGAUUUUUAUCCUUUUCAAAGAUUUGAAGAAAGUUGUGUUCUUUACAUGUGACUUCUAAGGCAUGGUCCCCUUUUUUCAUGACCUCACAAUAGGAAAUUCAGAAGAAAUUUAGAAAAUUUGACAUCAUAAUUGAAUUUCGACCAAUCAUUUCAUGAGAACAGAUAUUUCACUGGUGAGGAGAACAAUUUUUUCACAAUUGGUUGGGAAAUGUGAAAAUAUUGAAAAAAUUAGAGAAACAUUUUUGAUUCUGUCUGACAAAGAAACAAAAAUUGAUUUGAUACUAUGUCAUAUUAUUACUUUGUUUUUUUUGCACCAUUAUUUUCUGUUAUGAUUUUCCAUUUUUGCAACAUAUUGCAUUGUUGCUGUAGUAGUCAGAUUUUAUGAUCUGGAUGUCAAACCAUAAAUUAUAGUUAUUGAAAAUUUAUUUUUCUCACAUAUGUUAACUGAUAGCAUUUUAUGCUUAAUAUCAUGAUACUUAAUAUUUUUGACACAUUCAUUUAUCCUAAAAUCACAAUUAUAAUUUUUGUUGAGAAUAAAUCUGCCAGAUUUGAUGGGACAUAUUUGGCCAUUUAGAAUCAGAGGAAUCGUGGGUAAUUUCAUUUUGUGUACACCAAAUUAAAAUAUUAUUACACUAUUAGUUGAAUAUCCAUUGUUUAGGAGGCCAAUCAUAACAAUUUGGUGUACACUUUUGAAAAUAUUACCCAGAAUUCAUCAGAUUCUAAUUGCUCUCUUGUGCUUAAUGUACAUAAAAUAUGUGUGAUAAUGUUUGCUAGUCUUGUGAAUGUAAAUACUGUUAUUUGAAGAAGGUGAGUGAUUUGUUUUGGUAAAAAGUUUGUGAUCAUUUUAGGUAAAAGCUUUUGUGAGUAACAGUCUGUAGUUAUUUUGUACGUUGUCUGCUAUAGAAGAUAACAGAUAAUUGAUACUUCCUGUAUUUGUGUGUUACUUAAAUAAUUGCAUUGUAUUUGAAUGGAAUCCUCUUUUGAUAGUAUUGAAGUGAUUGCAGUGAAACUCUGCAUUGGAGGCUUUUGUAUUUUGCCUUAAGCCAAAUUAUUUAAUAAUGAUGGAAUCAAAGCAUAAAAAAUUUUGUGUAAACCUUUAUUACAUGUUCUUGUCUAAGCCAAAUGUGUGAAAUGAGCAUGGAAAGGAGUAUUAUACUAAUUGCAUUUAGAUUAUGUCUUUGAAAUUUAAAGCAUGCAUUUUAGAUAUUUAUAAUGUUAUAUAAAUGUACACAUGAUCAUGUGGACAAAAUCUCUCAGUUCAAAGAAAUGAUGUAACACAUAAUUUAGUGGGUUUUACGAUGCAAUGUUAUUACAAGAUGAUAGCCUGAAAAUAGAUAUAUUAACUUAUGCUAGAAAACUUUCCUUCAAAAUAGUCUCUUGAUUUUCUGGCUUGUCUAUUUGUCAGUAAACUUUUCAAUACAUGGUGAAAGUUUGUUGUUUAUAAAAAGAGAGAAAAAUGUUGCACAUCCUUUAGGAAUUUUACACAAGUAUGUCAAAUUAUGCAAGAGAAAUACAGUUUCUUUUUGUGUUAGUAUACAAGAAUCAUCGCUUUAACAAUUCAUGAACUUUACAUUGUUAAACUUUAAAAUACAACCAACAUUUCACUGAUACAAGAAAAUUAAUCUACAAUAUAUUGUUUGUAUAUAGUAUUGUCAUUCUUGAUUCCACUGUGAAUAGUUUUGUUUAUUGUGGAUACAAAUAUUUAUAUUUAUUAUGUUCUUGUAUGACAAGAAUUACCAUGGAGUAUAAAUACAACUUAACAAUGUGUGAUAAUUUAUACAAAAUUGUUCCUUAUUUUGGUGAUACCAUUAAAAGCAUAGUUUGAUA